AUGAUGCUCCACUCAUUUAUCCUCGUUGCAACAGCGGCAGUUGGUAUCAUUGGCUCUCCUCUGUCCCACAGUGCCGAACCCUGGGGCUUCUUCACGAAUAACACCAUCUACCAACCGAAGGGUAAUGAAUCUUUAUUUUACCCCCGCUACGUGGAACUGCAGGAUGGCAGCAUCCUCGCUACCACCUCGCUCAGAGGCCCUUCACCUGGUUACUUGCCCAUCUUCAAGUCAAAGGACGGCGGCGCUUCGUGGAAGCAGAUCUCGAACAUACAAGACACCGCCAAUGGCUGGGGUCUCUAUGUACAGCCGGCGCUCACAGAGCUGACGGAGCCCAUGGGUGGCUACGACGCUGGCACUAUCCUGGGCAGUGGCAAUAGCUGGGGACCGAAUGCGACAAGGAUUGAUCUCUACGCGAGUAGAGAUGGAGCGCGGACCUGGGAAUUCGUCAGUCAUAUCGCUGAGGGCGGCAAGGCGAAUACCACGAACGGUGCGACUCCUAUCUGGGAACCUUAUUUACUGCAAUACAAGGGCCAGUUAGUAGCCUACUACUCUGACCAACGAGACCCUCUCCACGGCCAGAAACUAGCCCAUCAAACCUCAACGGACCUGAAGAACUGGGGCCCCGUCGUCAAUGAUGUAGCCUACGAUGAAUACCUUGCGCGUCCCGGCAUGACGGUUGUCGACUACAUCCCACCCCUAAAGAAAUGGAUCCUCGUACACGAGCUGCCAGUUGGCAACUCAUCCUCAUAUGGCUCAAACUACCCCGUCUACUACGUCGUGGCAGACUCACCCCUAGAAUUUGGCAAGGAAAAAGGCCGUCCCAUUGUCAUCGGCAACAGCAGCGUUCCCAACGCCAGUCCAUACGUCGUCUGGAGUCCGGUCGGCGGUCCUAACGGAACUAUUGUUGUGUCGGACGCGGAUCGCAGACAGGUGUAUACGAACACGCAUGGCGGCGCGCUAGAUAAGUGGGAGGCGCAUAUUACUCCUGCUGGUGCGGUGUACUCGCGUGCGAUUCAAAUUUUCAAGACGAGGCCAGAUCAUCUCAUGAUUUAUGGGGGCGAGACGUAUGAUGAUGUUGCUUUGGGAUUGCUUACACCGUUUUCGGCGACGGUGGUUAGACUGCAGGAUGUGCUCAAGGCUCCUGCUAAGUACACCGAUAACAAAGUGAAGAAAGGACGGGGCCGGCCUCCUGGUAGUCGCAAUUCCAAAGGUGUUUCCAAGCCUGCGCCAAAACCAGUAGCAAAACCAAUAGCAAAGCCUACAACAAAAAAACCUAAGCCUAGAAGGAAAGAAAUACAAGAGGAAACUGAAGAUGAGCUUUCCUUGGCCGACGCGGCCCCUUCGCAAGCCUCGAAGCCUCGCAAGCGCAAAGCCGACGCAAUCGCCGAAGCUGAACCCAAGUCGAGGAAGCAAUACGCGCAGUUGGAGGUGCGGACGAAGAAAAUACCGCAGGAGCAAAUAGAUACGUGGCCACAGCGGGAUGAGCGCAGGAUCAUGGCCGCACACAAUGCGCUCAACCCACUGGUGCGGCGACUGUCACGCCAGUUGGCAGCAUCACGGAUACCUCCUCAGGCUAAAGAUAUCCAUUUCAAUAUCGAUAAGCUGACGGAGCGCAAUGCCCAAGUCUCGCGACAAGUCACAACAGCCCGACACGCAAAGCAGCUGCUUAGCGAACAGGUCAAUGUUGCUCAACACCUCCUCAAGAAGGAAGAGGAGAACCUAGAGGAGCUGAAGAAGAAUGCGAAGAAGUGGAGGACGGAAUGGAAACACCAGAAGAAGCAUGGACGCCUCCACCCCCUACUCGACGACGACGGCGACGAAGCCAACAUGGAUGGAGACGGACCUGACGAUAUUGGGCUCAAGUCCUCAGAGCCAGUAGACGCUUCACGCCUCGAUGCGGCCGAUAAUCAUCUUGCACCCGUGCUCGAGCAAUUGCGGCGCAGCCUUGAAAACAUGCAGGGUAAUCAUGCGCAGGUAGAGGGUCUGGAUACUGCAAUGGGAGCAGCGCGGGCUGCGCUGGACGAUAUGUUGUUUCGACACGCCAAUGCCGCACAGUAUGCGGGCUUUUGAACUAUCGAUAUGCGACGGCGCAGGGGCUUCGGGAUCUAAGCAUGUAUGGCGUUUUUGCGUACCGGCACUGGUUCAGAGUGCUGGAGCGAGCUCUGUACGAGCUGGUCGGACUACGGACAAGCAGUACAGAGGCUAUCCGUUUCCCAUGUCAUUCCCGCCUAGUUUUAGAAAGUGAGCAUCCGACAGAAUGGUCAUCGGAACACGUGCAUGCAGAAACUUUGGCGGC